CACAGUGUAGGACACAGCUAUGUGGGGUGCUACUGUAAGUCAUCAGGGUGUGGGCACUGCUGUGAGGGACGUAGCUGUGGGAGGCCAUGGCUGAGCAGGACGGUUCAGCGCGGUACACCGCUUUGCAGGUCACUAUCAAGGUUGGCCCCCCAGCGACACGCACUACAGCCCCACGCCUUUCAAUCACCUCCGCUUCGCACAGCGCCCGCAGCCUCCUUAGUCGGGGCAGGGAGGGCCGGGCAGAGACUCCCCGGCCGCCACCCCCCCGCUCUGCCGCCCGCCCGCCUGCCCAGCCCGCCCCGCGCUGCCGGGUGUCGGUGGAGGCCGUCGGGGAUAUGGGCUUCGCGUUUCUGAGCGGAGCGCUGUGUCUGGGGCUGCUGUGCCGGCUGCUGUCCGAGGCCGACGGGAGCUGCUCGGAGCGCUGCUGCCAGGGCCGGGAUGCGGCGUGUGUCAGCAGCGGCUGGAGGGAGGACGGGGGCUACGGGACCUGCUAUUGCGACGGAGAAUGCCGACGCACCCGAGACUGCUGCCACGACCACGGCCACGCGUGUCCGGCUCAUCCAUGCAUCGUGGGGGAGUGGAGUCAUUGGAGUGGCUGUGCAGAACAGUGCAAACCCAGUCUGCGGAUACGUAGGCGCUAUGUACAACAGGAACCUACAAAUGCUGGGGAACCUUGUCCUGCUCUGGAGGAGAAGGCUGGCUGCUUGGAAUACCUGACCUAUCAGGGGCAGGACUGUGGACAAGAACACGUUCCUGCUUUCAUAACUACCUCUGAAUAUGGUAAAGAAAGAAAACUGAGAGCAGCGUCUUCCCCUCGGACCUCUGACAAGGAAACUGGAUACUGUGUAGAAUUUAAAACAGAAUCCCUUUCCCACGACUGCGCUUUGGAGAACCGGCCGUAUGCUCGAUGGAUGCAGUACCUCCGAGAAGGACACACUGUUUGCGUGGCUUGCCAGCCUCCAGCUAUGAACACUGACACGCACCGUUGUUCCGGAGAUGGCCAUAAUGCAGAUGGAGGUAAAAUCUUACACUGGGAAGCAGUUGGCAACUCUCAGUGCCAAGGAACCUGGAAGAAGAUUCGGCAACUGAAGCAGUGCUCAUGUCCCCUUGUGCACAGUUUUGUUUUUACAUAAGAGUUCAAAAGACCUUUAAACAGCAUCAGGAAAAAAGAAUUAAGAAAGUCAGCAUAAGUGGCAAGAAGCCUACAUCUUUGUCUGUGUUUUGUGGAGACUGAAUGAACGUUAAAGGAGUCGGACUAUGGGAAGAAGCAUAUUUUGGAACUCUUUUUGCCUUAAUAGAAAACACUAAGACUGACAGUUGUAUUAGAAUGCUGUAAGCAAAUUUCCAUAUUUCUCUUUUGUGAUUAAAGAGCCGACGUUUCUAACUGUA